AUGCCGCCCUCCAGGAACACUUCCCACGAGGAAGAUAAGAGCUCUUCAAUGAGUGAACAAGAACGAAAACGACUGCGCAACAGAUUGUCACAGCAGGCUUUCCGUCGCAGGCAAGCGGAGCGUAUGAGAGAGCUUAGUAGCAGAGUGAACACCGACCAGAAGUCUGACAAUGAGCGGAUCGAGGAUCUCCAGCGUGAGAACAGGCAGUUGCGGGCGCAACUCGUCGAUGUUCAAGCAAGGAUGUCGCGACUGCUUGCCAACAUUCAGGGUUUGAGCGACUCUGUGUCAAAGACUUUGAACGACACGGGAUCUCAGGGCAGUAAAGUUUUUGAGGAGACAGAAGAUCAUGCGUCACAGCUCUCAACAUACGACAAGAAGCAGACUUAUGAUGAAGGGCCUCCUUUUCCAGGACCAUCUAUGCAAUUGGAACCUUUCGACACAUCGUCACUGAACUUUGACCCGCCGCUUGCCCAUCAUCCUGGUCCAGGUCAAUCUGAGGAUGCAUUUCUAUCAUCGGAGCUAAUCAAUGUUACCGGAACCAGUCCCCUCUAUACCCAGAUUCCCAACAUCUGGAGCUUCGAGUACCAAACUGGGAUAGAGCCGUACCUGACUGCCAUGGCUGCAUCUCAGGAGUCGAGCAUGGCACUGAGAAAAGACAUGCCGAUAUCAAAUUCGCCGUUCUCGGACCACAUCAAGCUCCUCCAGCAUCUUCUGAAGAGCAAGCUGGCGGCAAAUGGCUUCGAUCCGGAUAGCCAACCCAUAUAUCAACCAGUUCUCAUGGUCUUGUCUAUGUUUAACAGCAUGACGCGACCGGAUGUCAUGGCAUGGUACGCCAAAACGCGCUUUUUCCACAUCAUCGAGCUUACGGCCUGGCAACUCUACCCCUCGCGCGCAACAUUCCAAAAGUUACACCAGCGGUAUCGGCCUACCGACACGCAACUGAAGCACCCGCACCCGCGCGUGAUAGACUGGAUACCCUUCCCCUCGAUCCGGGACCGAUUGAUAGAGCUCCACGCCGCCAAUCCUCUUAUCGACCAAAUCUUUUGCGACGCCGUCUCGGGAUACGUGGUGGAAGCGGUCAUGUCCGAGUUGAUAAGCGACGCGCCUCAAAUUACAGUUUACGUCCGGGUGACGGACCUUAUCGCAGCCAUGUCAUUGUCAUCCGGUGCCGGCAACAACGAUACCCCAGCCAGUCUCCCCGCCCCGGAUAUCACCACUCUCUUCUCGUCUCCGUCUCAUGCUCGCGCAGCGUUCAAGCUGUUGAACAUGGAUAAAGGUGCAUCGUACUACAAGAUCGACCCAGCCUUUUACGCCAAAUAUCCGGAACUCUACGACCAGUCAAACGACCUCACAGCAAACGGGGUACCUCUCAAGCCAAGAUCGCAAAAGGUUCUUACGUACCCGAAACCCCUCGACGACUCCAUGGUUGAGACCUACCGGAGUUUCAUAGACUUUUCCAUGGAUGCCACCAGCACCAUCUCCUCAACGACGGCCUCGUGA